GGCGGACAUCAUGUGAACGUUGCUCAGUGUUGUGCAACAGCAAUUCUUACAAUACCGAGGAAAAAAGAACAACAUGGCCCUCUCAGUGCUUACGCUGUAUCGUCUGGUUGUAUUCUUCGGCUUCGUAUCUCUUUCCGUCAACAGGAUUACCAGUAACGAUGUGUUUGAAACGACAGAGAUAACAGAUCGAGAUCGCCAAUGGGAAGCGUGGAAGUACUGGCACGGUAAGACAUACCCGUCUACAGAGGAGGAGGUCUACAGAAGGAAGAUAUGGGACAAUAACCUGGCCGCCAUCUUCAAACACAAUGCCGCCGGAAAGAGCUACAAAAUGGCGAUGAACAGUUUUGGAGAUCAGGUAAGAUGGAUCCACCGUACGUGAGGUCCGUGGCCUUUA